CCUCCGCCGGGGCCAAGCGGCGGGCGAGAGCGGGCCUCCGGGCGGCGGCGGCGGCGGACGCGGCCUGAGGGAGCGGCCGGCUGCCGCGCGGGGCUCGCCUCGCCCGCGGCGGGGUCCAUGGCCUGAGCGGCCAUGUCCGGCGUGGUGCGGACCCUCAGCCGCUGCCUGCUGCCGGCCGAGGCCGGCGGGGGCCGCGAGCGCAGGGCGGGAGGCAGCGGGGCCCGCGACGCGGAGCGCGAGGCGCGGCGGCGCAGCCGGGACAUCGACGCGGGGCUGGCCCGCGAGCGGCGCGCCGUGCGGCGUCUGGUCAAGAUCCUGCUGCUGGGCGCGGGCGAGAGCGGCAAGUCCACCUUCCUCAAGCAGAUGCGCAUCAUCCACGGCCGCGAGUUCGACCAGAAGGCGCUGCUCGAGUUCCGCGACACCAUCUUCGACAACAUCCUCAAGGUGCGUGCGUCGCCGCGCCCCCGCACACCUGCGCCCAGGUGCGCCCAGGGCUCCAAGGUCCUCGUGGACGCGCGGGACAAGCUGGGCAUCCCGUGGCAGCACUCGGAGAACGAGAAGCACGGCAUGUUCCUCAUGGCCUUCGAGAACAAGGCGGGGCUGCCCGUGGAGCCCGCCACCUUCCAGCUCUACGUGCCCGCCCUGAGCGCCCUCUGGGGGGACUCGGGCAUCCGGGAGGCCUUCCGCCGCAGGAGCGAGUUCCAGCUGGGCGAGUCGGUGAAGUACUUCCUGGACAACCUGGACCGGAUCGGCCAGCUGAACUACUUCCCCAGCAAGCAGGACAUCCUGCUGGCCAGGAAGGCCACCAAGGGCAUCGUGGAGCACGACUUCGUGAUCAAGAAGAUCCCCUUCAAGAUGGUGGACGUGGGCGGCCAGCGGUCCCAGCGGCAGAAGUGGUUCCAGUGCUUCGACGGGAUCACGUCCAUCCUGUUCAUGGUGUCCUCCAGCGAGUACGACCAGGUGCUCAUGGAGGACCGGCGCACCAACCGGCUGCUGGAGUCCAUGAACAUCUUCGAGACCAUCGUCAACAACAAGCUCUUCGUCAACGUGUCCAUCAUCCUCUUCCUCAACAAGAUGGACCUGCUGGUGGAGAAGGUGCGCAGCGUCAGCAUCAGCAAGCACUUCCCCGACUUCCGCGGCGACCCGCAGCGGCUGGAGGACGUGCAGCGCUACCUGGUGCAGUGCUUCGACCGCCGGCGCCGCAACCGCAGCAAGGCGCUGUUCCACCACUUCACCACGGCCAUCGACACCGAGAACAUCCGCUUCGUCUUCCACGCCGUCAAGGACACCAUCCUGCAGGAGAACCUCAAGGACAUCAUGCUGCAGUGAGGCCCGCCCUCCUCCUGGCCGCCGGCGCUGCGGGCCACCGCGGGACCGCGGCCGCCACGAGCUACUGAAUCCGGGAAGGUGCACUACUGAGCUCCGAGCAGCCGGUGACCGCUGUCGGGCCGCGCGGCUUUCCACAGGUGCCACGGCCGCGCCCCGUGUGUGUGUGUCCGCGUGCGUGUGCGCAGGUGCGUGCGCGUCUCUGCCACCAGCACAGACCGCCCACCCGCCUCCCCCUGACCCGCAGGCCUCCCUGCCGCCGACCCGGAGCCCCGCCUCGCGGUAGGCGGCCCAGAGGGACCGCGUUGCCUUUUAAAGCUCCUGUGCCCCGUCCCAGAGCCCAGCCUUGGGGGCGGGUGGGCUCCGGCCUGUCGUGCCUUAAUGCCCGGGCGCUGUCCUCCUGCUGUCGCCUGGCCCGUCGCAUGGACAGGGCUCGUCCCUCCACACAGCGCCCGCUGGUGCUCAUCACUCCCGACCGCCCUGCCCUGCCACCCCUCCCCCGCAGGCACCCCCUCCCCCGCAGGCACCCCCUGCAGGUGGUGCCCCUCCGCGUGCCCUGUGCCUGCAGCUUCGGGAGCUGCAGGGUGAGCGCAGCCCGUGGCCUGCACGCGGCCUACGCACCGCAGACACUGGCCUCAGGAAGCCCCGGCCCCACACCAACCUGGGUCCUGCAGACGGCCGCCACCCCAGUGCCCCUCACAGCCGGUCCCUUCUCAGGCCGCCUGCAUCGGGGCCUGUCCAGGCCCUGCCUCUAGGGUCCACACCACGUGCUCCCAGCUCAGGGGCAGGAGCUGCGGGCCCCGUGGAGACCCCCCCCGCCGGCGCCACACUGCGGCGCAUCGCCUUCACUGCCCGUGCGGGUCCCUCCACUGCGGUUCCGGGGGCAGGGCUCACCUCGCACCUGAGAGAAAAGGAAAGCGCUCCUGGCUAGCCGGCAGCAGAACUCACUGGCCUCGUCACGUCCCGGGCCCCUGUCCCAAGGCCACCCUGGGCCCCUCCUGUGUCCCUUUGCACCUCCCUCGGCUCCGUGUCAGCAGGCCCGGCCGCCGUGGGUCUGGGGCAGGGGCUGACCCAGAGGGAAGGGUGGCCGCCUGCUCCUGAGUCGCCUGUCACUGUGUUCAGUGAGGAGACGCGCUGAGGUCGGCUCUGGUGAGAAGGUGCUGUUUGGGGGCUGCCGCUGCGGCUCUCCACCAGCUGAGGCUGCGGCCCAGGACCGGCCGUGUGGCCUGGAGGGGAGGAGCACAGGGCAGCUCGGGCAGGCGGGUCUGAGGUCGGCUCGCCUUCGGUGACGGGGCGCCGGGUCUCAGGUGUGAGGAGCAGGCUGGUCCUCCCCGACCGGGAAUCGGGGCUCAGGAGCGGCGGCUGGGUCCUGCCCCCCCCCCCCGUCAGGUCCUGAGCGCUUUGCCUCUAGCCAGGCUGACCCGUUGGCGCCUCACGUUCAUGUGAGUGUGAGGGACUGUGACCGCGGUGAGCGGGGCAGGAUGGCCAGGACCCCGACCAGCUCGGCCACCCCUCGCCCCUGUGGGCUUCUCGCUGCGCCCAGGUGUCCCCAGCCGAGGAGGGCGUGCAGGCGCUGCUCCGAGUCCUGGGAGGCGCCUGACCGGAGAAGGUCCUGUUUGUGAGGCUGAACUAAACCAUUUACAACUUUCUACACAUAGACUAGUCCUUGUCUCGGAAGCCGCGGCUUUUGUAAUUUUUUAUCUUAAUUUCACUGUCACCCUUGAAUAUUGUCUUUUGUAUUGAGAUGCUGGAGGAGCAGGAGAUAGUGGUGCCUCAUCUAUUAUUGCAAAAAUGUAACAAUAAACUUCCUCAAAGAAGA